AAAAUUAAUGCCGUUUAAGGUCACGCCGUACGAGGAAAAGAGAUUUUCCGCCCCAUGCCUCUCUCUUCUGUUAAUCAAAUCUCUCCCAAUAUUUAUUAUUAUUUCAAACCCAAGAUGAGAUCUACGUACUUGUUCACAAUCUCUUCAUUUUCCUUCACCAAUCUCCUCUAGGUAUAUUAGACAUUGCAGAAUUCACAGUUUCAACAUUGUUGGUCAAUUUGAAUUUCAUCAGUAGGAAUUUGUGAUCUCUGCAGCUUUCGAUAAAGAUUAUUAGAUAAGCAAAUUGUCGUCUGGCUGUAGAGGAGAAUGGCAGAAACGAUAUCCAGCUUCUGGGGUCCAGUCACGUCAACAAUUGAGUGUUGUGAAAAAAAUUAUGCGUAUUCAUCUUAUAUUGCAGAAUUUUACAACACAAUAUCCAACAUUCCGACCAUCCUUUUGGCUCUCAUUGGUCUUAUAAAUGCUUUUAGACAACGGUUUGAGAAAAGAUUUAGUGUUCUUCACAUAUCAAAUAUGACGCUUGCCUUUGGAAGCAUGUUAUACCAUGCUACCUUACAACAGGUGCAACAGCAGAGUGAUGAAACUCCUAUGGUGUGGGAGAUUCUGCUGUACAUGUACAUCCUCUACUCUCCAGAUUGGCAUUACCGAAGUACAAUGCCUAUCUUCCUAUUUUUGUAUGGUGCUGCUUUCGCCGCUGUCCAUUCAGUUUUCAGUUUGGGUAUCGGCUUCAAAUUCCAUUAUGUUGUGCUCUGUCUCCUCUGCAUUCCAAGAAUGUACAAGUAUUACAUUUACACCGAAGAUGUGUGUGCCAAGCGGAUCGCAAAGCUAUACGUAGUCACUCUUCUAUUAGGAAGUUUGUUUUGGUUUUGUGAUCGAGUUUUCUGCAAGGAGAUAUCCCAAUGGCCAAUUAAUCCUCAAGGUCAUGCUUUAUGGCAUGUUAAUAUGGGCUUCAAUUCCUACUUUGCAAACACAUUCUUAAUGUUUUGCCGUGCUCAACAACGCGGCUGGUCUCCCAAAAUUGUUUGUUUGAUGGGUGUGUUGCCUUAUGUGAAGAUUGAGAAGCCGAAACACCAGUAAGAGAAGAUGAAGAUUGAAAGAGUUAUCGAUGUUUCGCUCUUGGUUCUCAGUUUUGUUUUGCUGAUUUAGAUUGGUUUAAGGGAUGAUGAUUUUUUAUAUAUAUUUUGUUGCAGCCUUAGGACAUGUACAAUAUUUAUGCCAUAUGGAUGCUUUUCUUAACACUACUUAUGACACAACCAAAAGUUUUGUUGUUCUGGUUGUUCGAUUCGCAGUUUCAUACCACAUUUUACAUGUAACAUGUUAUGUAACCCUUUUUGUAGGCUGAGUUUGAGUAUGUUAUUAACUUUGGUUUCACUAGGAAAUUCCCUUCUGAAAGUUUCAAUGCAAGUUGGGAAUUAGAUGAUAUGCAACUAAAAAAGUGCAGUUGCAGUUCAUAUAUUCAAUCACAGCUGAUUUGCAGGA